AAGCGUGUGUUGUAAUACGGAUAACAUGCAUUCUGCUUGAGAAUAAAUCCCAACAGAUGCUCAGUGGAAAAGGAUGCCACACCCCAGCAAAGCCAGUGACUCGACAACACACACAGUUGCUGUAUCGCAUAACACUUCUGAUCGCUGGAUGUUUCGGAGAAGACAGAAAACACAUCUAUUGUCAUCCUUGCAAUCAAUUCAUUCCAUUAAGGAAAGACAAAAUCUUUAACCGUUCAGCAUAUUUAAGAACUUAAAAAGGAAUCAUAUACAUACACUAUGAACUUUAAGUCAGCUAUUAUUGUGUUUGAAAACCUUUCUGAGGUUAGGAGGCUCUGUCACUGGGGUCCGAUUAUCGCACUUACAGUUAUCUCUGUGUGCUCUUCCAUGGCUAUGCUGGACUCUAUUAUAUGGUACUGGCCCUUGGAUACAACCAGUGGGAGCAUUAACUUUAUUAUGCUCAUCAACUGGACAGUCCUCAUCCUCUACAACUACUUCAACGCCAUGUUCGUGGGGCCUGGAUACAUUCCCUUAGAGUGGAAACCGGAAAAUCAACAAGACAGUAUGUACUUACAGUUCUGUCGAGUGUGUCAAGGGUAUAAAGCCCCAAGAUCUCACCACUGCAGAAAGUGUAACAGGUGUGUGAUGAAGAUGGACCACCACUGUCCCUGGAUCAACAACUGCUGUGGACAUCGGAAUCAUGCCUACUUCACUGCUUUCUUGCUCCUCGCCCCGCUGGGGUGCAUACACGCCGCUUUCAUUUUUGUCAUGACCAUGUACACCCAGCUGUAUGAUCGGAUCUCUUUCGGCUGGAGCACAGUGAAGCUAGACAUGAGUGCACGACAUGUCCACUAUCCCAUAAUGCCAUUCGGCAUAGCAGCUUUUGCAGCCACUCUCUUUGCUUUGGGAUUGGCGCUUGGCACUACGAUUGCUGUGGGCAUGUUGUUUUAUAUUCAGAUGAAAGUGAUUCUGCGAAACAAAACCUCGAUUGAAGUAUGGAUCGAAGAGAAGGCCAGAGACAGAAUCCAGUACUACCAAACCGGAGAGGAGUUUAUAUUUCCGUAUGACCUGGGGGGUCGUUGGGAGAACUUUAAGCAGGUCUUCACCUGGUCUGGUACCCCAGAGGGAGAUGGAAUUGAAUGGCCUGUAAAUGAGAAAUGUCACCAGUACAAUCUGACUAUCGAGCAGCUGAAGCAGAAAGCAGAUAAGCGUGUUAGGAGUGUGCAGUACAGAGUCGUGGAGGAUUAUAACGGAGCCUGGUGUCCGUUAGGAAAAGGAAUAAAUACCUUCUUCAGGUCACCCUGCUCAGAUGAACCCAGGAUUAAACUUACUAAAGGAGAGAUCAUUUUUGCCACAAGAGGAACCAGGUGGUGGAUGUAUGGGGAUAAAGUUUUGGAUGAGGAACAAACCAAAGCUGGAGUCCGUGUAAGAGGAUGGUUUCCACGCCGAUGUGCAGAAAAGUGCCCCUGUGAUUCAGCAAACGCAUCAGCAAGUGAAGAAAAGAAAGUCAAAUGAAACCUGCAGGUGUUUUAUCGUUCAGCUUUGGGGCCUGGUCCUCACGACUCUGCACUCUCUUUACUUGAUGUCUGAUUUUUAAUGGAAUCUUUAGCAGGCUAACCUGCUGCAAAAAUGAUUAAGCAUAUAACUGUUCAAACCAGCAAAUUCUGCUUGUUCAAGUGAACCUGUGUACCUCUGUAACAUCUCCAAAGACAAGCUAAUAACAGUGAUCUGGGGCUUGUAAAAAAAAAGAAAAAUCUUCUUCUGGAGCUGAGCAAAUGUUUACUUGAAUUUCUCAUAUUCUUUCUCUCUCUCUCUCUCUUUGAUGUCCAAACUGUUUAUGCAAUGCCUUUGCCAGCUGUAACAAAAUCUAAGUCAUGCAAACACUCUGUAUUCUUUGUACUGAAAAAUAUCUUCAUUUUAUUUUUGAUUAUUUUUGUAAGAUUGAUGGUGAUCUCGCAGUAAACCGUUUCGCUCUGUACAAUAA